AUGUCAUAUAAAUUGAUAUUUUAUUGCCCAAUUAAGAAUACUUCAAAUGUAUUAAGGGGUAUUUUUGAUAAAACUACUGCAGGUGGUAUAGGAAAUUACACUGAAUGUUAUUUCAAAACAAAAGGAGUCGGUAGUUUCAAGCCAUCAUCAGAGGCGAAUCCACACAUUGGUGAAGCUAACAAAGCUGAAUACGUAGAAGAGGAUAAAGUGGAGCUAUUGACUGGUGGAGUUGAUAACACUAAGAAGACGGUAGAGGUGUUGAAGAGUGUACACCCAUAUGAGGAAGUUGCUUAUGAAGUCUACAGAAUAGAAGAUUUCUGAAGUGCAGGCCAAUCAGAGAAUGUGUAAAUAAAGUGAGAGAUUAAAAUUGUGUAUCAAAAUACUUGUUAUUCUAGAAUGCUUUGU